GUCACCAUGGAACGCGGAACAGCUGAUCGCGAGAAACACGAAUACGGAAACGUCACAACGAGAAACAUUGUAAUGGCGGAGCGAGUGAAAAUUGUUGAAAUAUGCAACGGCAUAGGUUGUGUUUUAUUGCUGUAGAUUGAAGCAACGCACGUUGUGCCCGAUUGUGUUUACGCUUUGAGGACACUAAUCACUCACGUCGUGAAAUCUAUCGAAUCUCUCCCAGACACGAUGAUGAAUAACCGUAGGCGGAGCAACAACUUUACGUACGUCAGCUCGUGCGUGAAAUACAUGAUCUUUAUGCUAAAUUUCGUUUUCUGGCUGUUUGGCGGGCUGUUAAUCGGUGUGGGUCUGUACGCUUUCUUGGAUAAAUGGCAAGCAACUGGAUCUGUCAGAGUGGAAAACGUUUAUGAUGUAGUCUUAAAUAUCUCUUUGGUGAUGUUGAUAGCAGGUGGCGUCGUCUUUGUUGUUAGCUUCGCAGGAUGUGUAGGAGCUCUUCGUGAGAACACAUGCCUUCUUAAAUUCUAUUCAUUGUGUCUCCUGCUAUUUUUCCUCCUGGAAAUGGGUGUAGCAAUUGUUGGUUUUAUAUUUCCAACUGCAUUACAGUCUCUUUUGGAAGAAUCUUUCACAGACAAAAUAAUUCAGACAUAUAGAGAAGAUCCAGAUCUACAAAAUUUCAUUGAUUUUGGACAACAAGAGUUCAAAUGCUGUGGUUUAAGCCAAGAAGGGUACCUGGAUUGGGGAAAAAAUGAAUAUUUUAAUUGUACUAGCCCUAGUGUGGAGCGUUGUGGUGUACCAUUCUCUUGUUGCAUAAAUGCUACUGAUAUAUCUAGUGGACUUGUAAAUAUAAUGUGUGGCUACAAGGUCCAAAUGUUACCAGUAUCGGAAGCGAGUAAAAAAGUCUGGACUAGUGGGUGCAUCGAGAUCGUGCGUAGCUGGGCGGAACGCAAUCUCUACACAAUAGCUGGUAUCGCUCUGGGUAUCGCACUUAGUCAGCUUUUCGUGAUUUAUCUCGCGAAAACACUGGAAGGCCAAAUCGAAUUGCAAAAAUCUCGCUGGCAUUCCUGAGCUUGACUUCAGGCCACCUACCGUUACCAGAUACAUUGUCCGGCCAACAGGCAGGUGGCCAGCUGCGGCCGAUCGCGCGG